ACUGUCAGUCAUUCCUCAGCUGCUGGUGUGAUUCACUGGGAGCGGCUGCUUUGUCAAUUUGCUAAAUUUCAACAGUUCGGCUACAUACAGACGGCUUUAGCUUGUACUUGUGACAAUUCACCAGAGCUCUUGCACUCAUGACCUAUAGUAAGACAAAGUCCGAUAUAUUGCUUCAUUAGAUAAAAUGUGCUGAAUGAGGCUGGCGCAUCAUUAUGUGGGUCUAGCAAGCAAAAGGUAUGAGUUAUGACUAAUGUUUUGACAAACUCCUGCUAAUAAAAGUGCACUAAACUUUAGUUGGUGGGUUGUGAGCUAUAAACUAUUUGUUUUAUUCACAGAUUUUAACCAAUGGAUUUUCCACAUUAAAGCAGAACAUACCAUCCUGAUUGCUAACAUGGAAAUUUACUUUUUCUUCAAAUGCUAUGUCGUAACAUUGUGUUGCAAAGUGUGAGUCACCAGGAAGAUCCGAGGUGUGUAUAAAUACAGACAUCUUAAAGCAGCAAUGACUUGCAGAGAGAACAGACAGUACGACAGCAUCAAAGUUAAGAAUGGCAUCAACCAUGGAAAAACACCAGAAGGAUUCACUAACAAACACAAGGCAGGUCUGUAUAAGAAUAUUAUUUAAAACAGUCAGACUUCAGUGAUACUUAUAAUAAUGUAAUUUCAUGAUAUAUCGUGACUUUUUUCAUUCAUUUAGUAGUAUUUAUUUCAUAGGCAGCAGGGAGGGCUGCUUCCACCUGUAACACCUGGUGUGGGCUGAUUUUAGGUCAACUGUUUUGCAUUGAUGAGGAAACGCAACUUUAAAGACCCAAAUGAUCAAGUGUGUAAGAUGUGACACCAGCCUGACAACCUAGAGCUCUAUGUGCGGUAGAGGCACAUAGAGAAAGUGAAGAGAAGGUAGGAGGAAGUAGGAACAUUCUUAGCUUCAGAGAGCUGUAGGGGGUGAGUGUGUUGUUUUAAUUACAUAAUUAAAUUUAAUGUAGUAUGUAGGGCAUGAAAAAGUUGUGUUCAGGUAUAGUAUAUCUGAACAAAUGCAAAACAAUUCUUUCUCAAAAUACACCCAGAGUUACUUUAAAUGCUUAUGAUGUACUGUAAAAAGUUCAACUUCAAUAUAAAGGCUAACAGGAAAAGUGCAAAACACCAGGAAAAAGAUUGGUCACUGAGUCAUGUUGCAGUAACCUCUAAACUGAGGUAACAAUUAUUCUUGGCACACAUUUCCCAGAAGACUUCAGGAAAUAAAGUGAUGACACUGACACCAAGCGUGAUAUUGUAUUUUAUUUUUAUUUUAGCUGACAAAGAAAAAUUGUAAUUUGAGGUCAAAGGCUUUAGAAAAAACGUGAUUUUUGACCACAUAACACAGACAGUUUUGUAUUUUCAGAGGAGAAUUGCAGUAAAAACCAGAGCCCCGAGGCAGACUGUGUGCAACCAGUGAAAUGUCCUGUUGUCAUAGACGACGUUCCCCUGAAUGGCCCCACUUUGAACGUACAUGCAGCAGAGGGCUUCAUCAACCAAGCCAUGGCCAUCAUUAUGGAGGAUGCGGUGAAAAAGGCCACUGAUGUCCGAGAAAAGGUUUGUGAGUGGUGUCCCCCCGAGCAGCUGAAGGAACUGUUGGACCUUGAACUGAGAGACAGAGGAGAGGCUGAGUCCCAGAUCCUGCAGCGCUGCAGAGAUGCCAUCAGAUACAGCGUCAAGACCACCCAUCCUCGUUUCUUCAACCAGCUGUAUGCAGGGAUGGAGCCCUACUCCAUGGUGGCAAGCUUCGUUAUAGAAGCCCUCAAACCCAGUCUGUACACCUAUGAGGUGGCUCCUGUCUUUACUCUGAUGGAGGAGGCUGUUCUGAGGAAGAUGAUGGAGAUGAUCGGCUGGGAAGAAGGAGGAGACGGAAUCUUCAACGCAGGUGGCUCAAUGUCCAACAUGUAUGCCGUGAACUUAGCCAGGUACCAUCACUGUCCUGACAUUAAAGAGCUCGGCCUCUCUGCUGCUCCACGACUGGUCAUGUUCACAUCACAGGAGUGUCAUUACUCCAUUUCCAAAGCAGCAGCUUUACUGGGCAUCGGCACUAAAAACGUUUACGUGGUUCCAUCUGAUAAAAGAGGGAAGAUGAUCCCCUCGGCUCUGGAGGAGUUAAUAAAGGCUGCUAAAAGUGAGGGUGCACUUCCCUUCAUGGUAAACGCCACAGCAGGGACCACAGUGCUCGGAGCGUUUGACCCCAUCGAGGAAAUCGCAGACAUCUGUGAGAAGCAUGACCUGUGGCUGCAUGUGGACGCAUGUUGGGGAGGAGCAGCUCUGAUGUCUAAAAAACACAAACACCUAUUAAAGGGCAUCCACAGGGCUAACUCUGUGGCCUGGAACCCUCACAAGAUGCUCAUGGCAUGUCUGCAGUGCUCUGCUUUCCUGGUCAGAGACAAAACGAAUCUCCUCCAGCGCUGCCACUCUGCUCAGGCCUCCUACCUCUUCCAGCAGGAUAAGUUCUACGAUGUCAGUUAUGACACAGGGGACAAAUCCGUCCAGUGCAGCAGGAAACCAGACGCCUUCAAGUUCUGGCUGAUGUGGAAGGCUUUGGGAGCCAGCGAACUGGAGCAGAGGGUGGACAGAGCUCUCGCUAUGGCCAGGUAUCUUGCACAAGAAAUCAAGAAAAGAGAAGGAUUCCGUCUGUUGAUGGAACCUGAAUAUGCGAAUAUUUGUUUCUGGUACAUUCCACCAAGUCUGAGGAACCUUCCAGACAGCCCUGAGCUCUGGAAAAAGCUCCACACAGUGGCCCCUGUGGUGAAGGAGCGCAUGAUGAAGAGGGGCAGCAUGAUGGUGGGCUACCAGCCACACGGAGACAAGGCCAACUUUUUCAGAAUGAUCAUCAUCAGCCCUCAGGCCAGCAGUCAGGACAUGGACUUUGUCCUGGAUGAGAUACACAAUCUGGGAAAGGACUUGUGAUGAACUGUCAGUGUCGAUGAAAAGCCUUUCUGCCCCUCUUUAUUCAUCUUAAAGGGACGGACUUGUGGACAAGCAGGUCAUUCUCACCAUCAUCAUCAUACAUUCUUUCUUCUUGUGAUAAUUUUCUCAGUUGUUUUUGGGAAACUGUACCUGCUGGAUUCCACUGAGCAUAUGCUCGUUUACAGAAUAUCCUCACAGUUUCCUCACCUAUGAAUUGAAAUGGCUCAACUGUAUGUCUAUCAGAAGAUGUAAAGGGGAUACUAUGAUUUAAAAUUGUUUUUGUUGAAUGAUAUUAUCUGGGUAGUCAAUGUGUUUAUACCUGUUGCUUUUUUACAUAUGUGGGGACCUCCUGGGACUUAAUCCAGGAUCCCUUGAGAUCCCCAGAAAACGAGUAAUGUGUGUUAAAUGAAGUGAAAGACAGGAAAGUAAUUUUAUGUAGAGGUUUGCCAUGUCUGUCAGGAAUAUUUACGCUAUAGAGACUUUUGUAGUGUUUGUGUCUUAUAUUUAUAUGGUUUGGGGUCAAUAUGCUUACAGAACCUGUGUCUUCAUGUUGCGCUCAUGAGUCAUGUCUCAUGUUGGCUGAUCUUCAGCUGCUCAUUUUUUGUGACAAGUGAGUCUUGGAUUGUGUUUCUGUAGAUAAAUGUGGUUCCAUUGAGGAAAACGUUUUAUAACUGUUUUAAAUAAACUAAAAAUCUUUUGCUUACAAGUGUCUAUGUAUUUUAAUCAAACCCCAAAAAGAAACAGAGGUGACCAUUUAUUCUGUGCAUCAGUAGUAAUAUA